AUGACAUGGCUGAAGCUGUGGUCCUCCUCGACAAAGGAUGACUCAAAAUCGAAGGAGUCGUCAAAAGCGAACGACGCAAUUGAGUCUGUCUCCCAAACACUGGACGCAGCCAGCACAUCACUCCAACGUCAGGCCCACGAAGUCGUCUACUCCAAUGGCAACGCCUUUACACAACCACAAACCAUUAUAGCGACAAUCAUAUUGACCACAGCGUCAUUGGGUCUGUUCAGAUUUUACAAAACCUAUCUUCGGAGGAUACGCCAAGCCGUCGACAUCAAACCGAGUUUCUUCAGACGGAGAAGUCUUAUUGGGAAGGUCACCAGCGUGGGCGAUGGAGACAACUUCAGGAUCUAUCACACACCCGGUGGUCGAAUGGCAGGAUGGGGUUGGUUUCCAGGGAGGCGCAUACCCGUGGACAAGAAAGAGUUGAAAGACCAAACAAUACAUGUUCGUCUUGCUGGAAUUGAUGCACCUGAAUUGGCACAUUUUGGCCGGCCCUCUCAACCUUACGGACAAGAGGCUCUGGAAUGGCUCACAUCCUACGUCCUGGGCAGGCGAGUGCGUACUUACGUGUACAAGGCAGAUCAAUACAGCAGAGUGGUUGGCACAGCGUAUGUCUGGAAGGGAUUCUUGCGACGCGAUGUCGGCCUUCAAAUGCUGAAAGCCGGCCUGGCGACUGUGUAUGAAGCAAAGUCUGGUGCUGAGUUUGGCGAAGGUCUUGAGCAGAAGUAUCGCAGAGCAGAGUGGUGGGCAAAGACAAAGAGGAAAGGCAUGUGGGCUAUCAAGAAGGAGGAUUUCGAAAGCCCAAGAGAUUACAAGAGCCGACAUGGUGGAGGUUCACCCCAGAAUGAAGAUAAGUCAUGA